CAGGGGACUGGCAGUGCAGGGACUGGGGCUGCUGCUGCUGCUGUGCCCGCGCCGCGGGAGCGCGCCCUGCUGCACCUGGCCCCAGCCUCUCUGGGAUGUGCAGAAAACGCGUCCUGAACUCCGCGACUUCUCCCCGUCUCCAGCAGCGCGUGUGUGUCUCGCUCUCCCGCACGCAGCAGAGCCACUCACGCUAGGGUCUCCGGCGCGGGGCUGAGCCGCCCUGUGUGCCCUGGCUGCUGCACGGCGGAACCCGACCCGCUGCCCCCGCCUCACCCCUCCUGCUGCUCAGGAUGCCCGAGUCAACAAGUUGCAUACCAUUGCAGCAGAGAUGUCUGAUUUUCCCAUCUGCAUAUCUGGAAUCGCUUUAUCACUUCGUUAGUCUCAUUAGUAAGCACUGAAGACUUCUGGGUAUUGAAGACAGAUGAAUUAAAUCCUCUUUGAAUGUUCUUGAUCUAAGGUAGAUGUAUUGGAUUCUCUGGAUGUGCAUAAGGACACAAAGGCCAGCAACGCUAGAAGUGGGAGGUUUAUGUGAACAGAAAAGGACAACUCUCACCUACCCAAUUGUAUUUUUCCAAGAUAUCUGAAUCUAUAAAGCAUAUGAAAGAUGUUUCAGAAGCCCUUUCCCCACAGGGGUUUUUCAAGGUUUGGGGUCUGCUGAUCUCAACCAGGGAGAAGAGAGAAAGCAACUAGGCUCUUCCAGAUUUUGCUCCCCACCAAACAUGCAGAGGAAGCCAGCGUAUGUCAGUUCUUCAGUUAGAAGGUCUUGGAGUUAAGGCUGGUCACCAGGAGGUGCUUAUCUCAUGAAAGGAGGUUCACAGCUAGACUGGUUGAAAGGUGCUGCAAAAAUUUGGGACUGAAGAAGUCCUGAAGAUUGAUGGAGGGCCAUGCUAUUCAAACAGCAGGCGUUGCUGAGACAGAAGCUCUUUGUGCUAGGCAGCCUUGCUAUUGGAAGUCUCCUAUAUCUAGUUGCCAGAGUUGGGAGCUUGGAUAGGCUGCAGCCCAUUUGUCCCAUUGAUGGUCGAUUUCGAUCCCAUGGCCAAGAUGAGAUCCCACUCCGAGCUCUGCAGUUCAAGCGUGGGCUGCUACAUGAGUUCCGUAAGGGCAAUGCCAGUAAAGAGCAAAUCCGACUUCACAAUUUGGUUCAGCAGCUCCCUAAGGCCAUUAUAAUUGGGGUGAGGAAAGGAGGCACCCGUGCACUGCUUGAGAUGCUGAACCUCCAUCCUGCAGUGGUCAAAGCUUCUCAAGAAAUUCACUUCUUUGAUAACGAUGAGAACUAUGCCAAGGGUAUUGAAUGGUACAGGAAAAAAAUGCCUUUUUCUUACCCUCAUCAAAUAACAAUUGAGAAAAGCCCUGCAUAUUUUAUCACAGAGGAGGUACCUGAAAGGAUUUAUAAAAUGAACUCAUCCAUCAAAUUACUGAUCAUUGUCAGGGAACCCACAACAAGAGCUAUUUCUGAUUACACUCAGGUGCUGGAGGGGAAGGAAAGAAAGAAUAAAACCUACUACAAAUUUGAGAAGCUGGCUAUUGAUCCUAAUACCUGCGAAGUGAACACUAAGUAUAAGGCAGUGAGAACCAGCAUCUACACAAAACAUCUGGAGAGAUGGUUAAAAUACUUUCCAAUCGAGCAGUUUCAUAUUGUAGAUGGAGAUCGGCUCAUUACAGAACCAUUGCCAGAACUGCAGCUGGUGGAGAAGUUCCUAAAUCUUCCUCCAAGGAUAAGUCAGUACAAUUUAUACUUCAAUGCCACCAGAGGGUUUUACUGCUUGCGAUUUAACAUUGUCUUUAACAAGUGCCUGGCGGGUAGCAAGGGACGCAUUCAUCCAGAGGUGGAUUCCUCUGUCAUUACCAAAUUGCGCAAAUUCUUUCACCCUUUUAAUCAAAAAUUUUACCAGAUCACUGGGAGGACAUUUAACUGGCCCUAAACUAAAUUUCGUACAACACUAUGUGUUGCACCUGGAGACAAGCAGUAAUGUCUCUUCUAGAGUAAAAAUAUGCACUUUUCAUAGACACAACUAUCAAACUAACUUUUUUUCAUGCAUACGUGUACAUAUGCAGUGUGUGACCAAAUAUAAGGUGGGAUCAAUUUUUCUACAGAGUAGUAACUAACAUAACUUUACUCUCUACAUAGUUGCAUCAUUUUAAGCUAUACAAAUAAAGGACAAGGUAGUAUUUAGGGGAAUAAAUUCAGAUACUGUGCAAAAGGGUCAGUGUUCCUCUUGUUCAAUAAAAUUUCUUAUGUGACACAUUUAUAGACCCAGACAGAAUGUUAGUUUAGAACAUGCAAAUUCACCUUGGAAUUGUGUGUAGCUGUGAGGGUAUAUUGGAAAGUAUAACAUUCAGGCUAUAUUAAGUAUGCACCUUGCUAAAGGAAUACUGACACUUUAAAUACAAUGAUGAAUUGUUACAGUGAAACUGGAUAAUACUAUUUUCUUAUUAUUUGAAAAGAAUAUCCUAUCUCGUACAAACAACAUUGGUUCAAAGUUUCUGUAGUGAGUUUGCACUAUUGUUUAAUUGUAUGGACCAUGGUGUCACUUGUAGCAUGUCAAUCAUGUGUCAAAAAAAUCAAAUAAUUUUUUCUUCUAUGCUUGUGUGUCAACAAAGAGAAACAUCAUGUAUAUAGUGUAUAUUGUUUGUAAAUACUGGUUUCACACUAAGUAAUUCUAUUUUGUAAACUGAAUAUGGCUAUUUAAUUUAUUGUGAAAAUUAAAUUUAU